GAUAUGAUUAAUUUAGCAAACAAAUGAAGGAUUAGCUUGACUUGAGAAAGCUGGUUAAUUAAUUUAGGGAAAUCCGCCAUCUCAUGCAAUAACACUAUUAUUUGAACUUGAAUUAAAUUAAUGAAACAGUUGCAUAAUUCAGAAUUAAAUGAAAUCCAAACCCUAGUUCUUUCCCAUUCAUAAUUUCUUUAAUUUAGAAAAUUCUUUAGUUUAAUUUUCUUUAGUUUACUUAGUUUUCUUUUAAAUAGUUUAGUUCUCCCUAUUAAUUGGUUAAUUCAACUUAGGUUAGAUUAAUAGUGUCUUGGUACUGUAGGAUAGUCUUCGAGGGAACGAUAUCUUACUCAUCUUAUACUGCAUAAUCGAUUAGGUUCACUUGCCUAAAAGUAGUGCGUAUUUGUCGGUUCAAUGCCUGCACGCGAGCAAGGGGAAAGAGGUGUUAUAAGUUGCUCCACCCGUUCUGCUACAAAACUAAGAGAGGCAGGAAUCAAGUUCAGAAAGGGUAAUGAAGACAACAUGUUUGAUAUAAAGUUUGAAAAGGGGACACUUUACAUUCCACCUGUAAGUAUUCAAGAUCAGACUGAGUUACUUUAUUUCAAUAUCAUUGCCUAUGAACAGUUUGACAGCAGUGGAUCUCGAAAACGCUUGACUGAUUAUAUGUGUUUCCUGGAUUUUAUCAUUGAUAACGAGAAGGAUGUGGAGUUACUUUGUCAAAAGGAGAUAAUGGAUCACUGGUUAGGCACUGACGAAGCAGCUGCCAAGAUGUUUAAUAGGCUUGGACAUGAACUCCUGAUUGACACAACCAACUUCUUUUACGCCAAGUUGUUUAAGGAGGUCAACGACCAUUGCCGCGAGCCUUGGAACGAAAGGAUGGCAAGCUUAAGGCACAAUUAUUUGAACACUCCUUGGGCUUUGAUAUCCAUUUUUGCAGCAGCUUUCUUGCUUCUACUUACCGUACUGCAAACAACAUUCACAAUUUUCCCUCGGUCUUGAAACAGCCUGAAGCCUUUAGUAUGGAGGGAACAACGUGGAUCAUCAGCAGAUAGCAUCGAGGUGUUUGAGAAGUGCCAGGUGUUAAGAGUGCAUGCAAAGACUUGUUUGAAAUGUUUUCAUUAAUAUCCUUUUGCGUCUUGCUUUAAACCCUUAAUAAGCGUGUAUCUACUUUAGUACCAUGUUUUUCUUUUUUUGUUUGGUUGAGUUUCUUUAUACUUCUAAAUUAUGUUGUACUUUUUCUGUAUAAGAUUUACUUAAUGAAAGUUGUUUAAUAUC